CCCAGCUCCGUCGGCAGCGGCUGUUGCAGCGCUAGUGCCGCCCAGCCAGCCCGGCCCCGGAGCUGCUGCUGUUGCGGCGGCUGCUGCGGCGGCUGCUGUUGGGCCGGGACACCGGGAGACCCGGGGGUAGGCUGGAAAUUCUUGUCAGGGAAAAGGAAGCGAGAGCCUGUUGCCUGCGUCCCUUGACAAUACACGCCGCCUCUUUAGCUUGGGUUUAAGAAUCUUCCCGAGGACGUGUCGGCCAGAGCGUCAGGAGUGAUAACUACUGUCUGGGAUCUGAAUUGGGGGAAAAAAGGACAGCAGAGAAAGAAUGCUUAGUAGUGCUUGCAAUAAUCCCUGCUGUUAACUGCUCAUGCAGUUGUUCUGGAAUGCGUCUAUGAAUACCAUAAGAGAUAAAUCUGUCUGACAAGAAAAACACUAAUGCUGGAAGAUCUGUGAACAUGAUGCACGUGAAUAAUUUCCCCUUUAGGAGGCAUUCAUGGAUUUGUUUUGAUGUAGACAAUGGUACAUCAUCGGGACGAAGUCCCUUGGAUCCCAUGACAAGCCCUGGAUCAGGACUAAUUCUUCAGGCAAAUUUUGUCCACAGUCAACGCAGGGAGUCUUUCCUUUAUCGUUCAGACAGUGACUAUGACCUUUCUCCAAAGUCUAUGUCCAGAAACUCCUCCAUUGCCAGUGAUAUACACGGAGAUGACUUGAUUGUGACACCAUUUGCUCAGGUGCUGGCCAGCCUGCGUACUGUACGGAAUAACUUUGCUGCAUUAACCAAUUUACAAGAUCGGGCACCAAGCAAACGUUCACCAAUGUGUAACCAACCAUCUAUUAACAAAGCAACUAUAACAGAGGAGGCCUACCAAAAAUUGGCCAGCGAGACCCUGGAGGAACUGGAUUGGUGUCUGGACCAGCUGGAGACCCUGCAGACCAGGCACUCCGUCAGCGAAAUGGCUUCGAACAAGUUCAAAAGAAUGCUCAACCGGGAACUAACACACCUAUCUGAAAUGAGCAGGUCAGGCAAUCAGGUCUCAGAAUAUAUAUCAAACACAUUCUUAGAUAAACAACAUGAAGUUGAAAUCCCUUCUCCAACACAGAAAGAGAAAGAGAAAAAGAAGAGGCCAAUGUCCCAAAUAAGUGGAGUCAAAAAACUGAUGCAUAGCUCCAGCCUAACUAAUUCCAGUAUUCCGAGAUUUGGAGUUAAAACAGACCAAGAAGAUGUUCUUGCCAAGGAACUGGAAGAUGUGAACAAAUGGGGCCUUCAGGUUUUUAGAGUAGCAGAGUUAUCUGGAAACAGACCUUUGACAGUCAUCAUGCACACCAUUUUUCAGGAACGAGACUUGUUAAAAACAUUUAAGAUUCCAGUAGACACUUUAAUAACUUACUUGAUGACCCUAGAAGACCAUUACCAUGCAGAUGUGGCAUAUCACAAUAACAUACAUGCUGCAGAUGUUGUUCAGUCAACUCAUGUCCUGCUAUCAACCCCGGCGUUAGAGGCAGUGUUCACUGAUUUGGAGAUUCUUGCAGCGAUUUUUGCCAGUGCAAUACAUGAUGUAGAUCAUCCUGGUGUUUCUAACCAGUUUCUUAUCAACACAAAUUCUGAACUUGCCUUGAUGUACAAUGACUCAUCAGUACUGGAGAAUCAUCAUUUAGCUGUGGGCUUCAAGCUGCUGCAGGAAGAAAAUUGUGACAUUUUCCAGAAUUUGACCAAAAAACAGAGACAAUCAUUGAGGAAAAUGGUCAUUGACAUUGUACUUGCAACAGACAUGUCUAAGCAUAUGAAUCUGUUGGCUGAUUUAAAAACUAUGGUUGAAACCAAAAAAGUGACCAGUUCUGGUGUCCUACUUCUUGAUAACUAUUCAGACAGGAUUCAGGUUCUUCAGAAUAUGGUGCACUGUGCAGAUCUAAGCAAUCCAACCAAGCCACUUGAUCUCUACCGCCAGUGGACAGACAGAAUAAUGGAGGAAUUUUUCCGUCAGGGAGAUCGGGAAAGAGAGAGAGGAAUGGAAAUAAGUCCCAUGUGUGACAGGCACAAUGCAUCUGUAGAAAAAUCACAGGUGGGUUUUAUAGAAUACAUUGUUCAUCCUCUAUGGGAGGCGUGGGCAGAUCUUGUUCACCCGGAUGCCCAGGAUAUCUUAGAUACACUGGAGGACAAUCGAGAGUGGUACCAGAGCACAAUCCCUCAAAGUCCCUCUCCUGCUCCAGAUGACCAGGAAGAGGUUAGGCAGGGCCAAACUGAAAAAUUCCAGUUUGAAUUAACACUGAAUGAAGAUGGGGAAUCAGACACUGAAAAGGACAGUGGAAGUCAAGUAGAAGAAGACACCAGCUGCAGUGACUCCAAGACUCUUUGCACCCAGGAUUCAGAAUCCACAGAAAUUCCUCUUGAUGAGCAAGUAGGGGAAGAUGUAGAAGAGGAGGAGAACCAGACUGAACCUUGUGUGGUAGAAGAUCACUCUGUGGACACAUAACAAUAAAGAUGCAGUCUCUGUGUCUUGCCCUCUCACUUUCUUUUCCUCUUUCUCUCUAGAUUUUUUUUUUCUCUUUGUGUUUUUGUGGGUUUUUUUGGUUUAUUUUAUUUUAUUUUAUUUUAUUCUUUUAUUUUGUAAUGACAAAAUGUAUGUCAUAUGCUACAACCAUGGUCAUGAUUUGCUGUCAUCUGCCAGAAUGUUUGUUGAUCAAAACUGACCUUGAUGACUCAGUUUGGCACUCAGGAUUAUUGUAACCAGAAUUUUCACCUCCCUGGCAUCAGAAAGUAGGGGGAGAGAACAUCCAUAAGCUACAAUUUUAAGAGUUUCUCCAUUUAUUAAAUUGGAUUAAAUAAAGCAAAUGUUUUCAAAGGAAAACAAACUGCAACCAAAUGCUCUAGUAUGCUUUGAAAAUUUUUUAAUUCAUUGCAUUUCACAAAGAAAGUGUUGGAUUGUGUUCAUCUUGAAACAGACUGAAGAUAAACUGAGGUUCCUGCUGGAAAGCAAAUGCACAAAAAUGAUGGGACACAACAUGGUUCUGUUACAAAUAGGAAGAUGAGCUGUGGAAAUUGCAUAAUUUUCUAAUUUCAAGUCUUCCUGAUCUGUGACUGAAAAAAGUGUAGCCCAGUGGGUUGCACUAACCUCUGCAUUUUGUAUAAUAUGUGAAAGAGAGGUCUUUUGUAGAACUUACUGUUAUUAUUAAAUGUACUGAGGUAUUAUAUUUAAAGAAAAACACUUUCAGAUUUUAUCUCCCACUGUUUGUUUUGUUUUGCCAAGGAGCAACUUGCAAGUUUUCAGUACAAAUCUGUGCUACACUGGAUAAUACUUACAUGUUUUUUCUCUUUUUUUUUUUUUUUUUUGCACCUUAGAAACCCAUGGUAAUAUUGAGCUAUUAAAUUCUAUUAUAUGUUCGUGAGUUCCUUAAUAUCCUUUAUGUUAUGUAAAAACUUAAAAUGGCUUUAUUUGUGUGUUUGUUUUGCAUCACAGUUUUCAAAAAUACAUUUGAGAAACUUACGUUAUACUUCUGACCUCAUAGUGUCCUGAUCCUGCCAGUUCUGUCUUACAGCAUGUGGUCCUAGUGAAACCAACUGGGGCCACUGUGAUUAGGAUUUGUAGGACUGGAACCUGUAAGAAGGUUAAUGAAUUGUUGUUCUAAGACAAAAACAGCUCUUCUGCUGUACUUAAAGAAUUCAUCUCUCUGUAACAGGGUUUCCAGACCAUUUUUGCCAGGAACUAGAGGCUGCUAGUAGGCAAAUACAAUGUAUAGAAUAUUUCUCCUGGUGAAAAAAGCAUUUGUGUAAUAUUUCCAGGUUUUACUCUCUUAAUUACUUUUUAUUUGUGUCAGGCUAGUUGUGUUAUUAGACUUGGUAGUGUACACUUGAGAUGUGUAAAACAAACAAAAAAAAAUUAUUAACAUAAUUUUUUAUGUCUUUGUUGCAAGAAGAGCCAGUUCAGUCUCUUCUUUUUAUGUUUUUAAGUAAAUGAGCAAUGCAUCAUGAGAGUUGUAGUUUACUCCACAUAAUUUGAGUUCCAGAUCUUUUCAUACUUCCUCCAGCUUGUGCUGUGAGGGAAUCUGGAUUUUCAGUUUGAGUGGUACUGGAAGAUUCUGUAACUUUGAAAGUUAAAAAGAGGUAGGAGUUUGUAUUUGUCAUCUUCCAGUCCUGUUGUUUGGUAGCAGGGGAGAAGGAAUUUUAUUUCCUUUGUGUUUUACUAAAACUGGAGUUCUGAGCAUAGAGGAUUAGAAUUGGUUGCUUAGGGAAGCUAGCAGAUUUCCACACUGUAGAAUUCUGGUUAAAUGACAAUAGAGAUGAUUUCUUAAAAAGAUAUGAGCAGCCAUUGUUUCCCCUUUGGAUUAAUUUUGUAGUAAAUUUGCAGAUAUGAAUACAGGGGGGGUGUGAGAGUUAAGUGUCUGAUAUUUAGAAUAAAAACCUGUUUGAAAACAGUAGGCUUAUCAUUCAGCUUUUAAAUUCUGCGUGGUCAUAUCCAGGUCAUAUUUUUUUCCACCAUAAGCCCCAGAGGGCCUUGGCAUAGAAGAUACUGAAGGAGGGAAGAGAACAAAGAGAACUCAUGGAGUUUCUUUUCAAUUUUUGGCUCCUUUUUUGUUCUUUAUAACUUCUUCCUGAACCUGAUCCAUCUAAAAAUCCUUUCAGUCCCCAAGAGUGCCUGGAACCUUAAUAAUGGAAAAGCAAUAUAAAUUCCAAAAUGACGAAUAGGGACUUGAAAAGGCUUUGUUUCUGCACUAAUUGAAAGGAAAUGAAAAGUAUAACACCAUACUGGAGACACAUAAUCAUACAUGGACAAUUGUAUAAUAGAAAAAUGUAAAAUUUCCUAGAGUUGGGGAUAUAAUGCACUGUACAAAUUUUUAUUUUUUUCUUCUUUUGCCAAAGUGUGUUUUAGCAUUGCACACUGCUUGAAAACAAUACAAGUGGCUUUUUGUGUUCUGAAUAUUUUUGCCAUAAGAAACUGCAGUGAGUGUGUAUUGAGUGGGGAGGGGGAAGAAAAUUCACCUUGCAUAUAACAGCACACUUUAGCUUCCAAGUUACUGUAUCCAAUAAUGCUGUAUUUGAAUUCUUUUACUUCUUUGUGUCACUAUUAAAAAUGAUAGUGAAAGAAUAUAGAUAAAACAAGUGGCAUUGGUAAGUUUUAAAAAACUUGAAUUCAAUGGAUUUUACAGAAAGCUUUGACAGUUCUUUUCAAAGGUAUUGUUUAGUUUAUUUGUGCCAUGCAUUUUUCUCACCAAAUGACCUUACCUGUAAUACAGUCUUGUUUGUCUCUGUUUACAGCCAUGUAUUUAUUGUAAUGUAUAUACUGUAAUGUUAAUUGUAAAUUAUCAGUUCUUAUUAUAACAUCAUCCUUGUCAGGAUGGUGUUGCCGUAUCUGGAAACUCUUGGUGAGAGAAUGAUUAUUGUGUAUACAUAUUCCCUGUACAUUUUUUCUCUUGUAAUAUAGUCUGUGUCACCUUAGAGCUUGUUUAUGGAAGAGUGAAGAGGAGUAUAAAAUAUAUAAAAGAUGUAUCAAUUAAA